UCGCGGAUUGGUAAGAGGAGGUACGCGGCGUCGUGUGAGGUUUGCAGAAGAAGGAAGAGAAGAUGUGAUGGGAGGGAGGAGAAUGGGGAGAGCUUGUGCAAGUUUUGCCCACAGGCUGGAAUACAAUGGGUAUUCCCAAGGUCUAGCGAAGCUUCUAGGCUCGAAAGUGUCAGCGCUGCCGCCGACGCCUCUCACGCUUUCAUCGAGCAACUUGCGAGCGCCGGGGACGAUGACCGAGAGCGGAUGCUUAUGGAGUGGACGAAGCAACGGGAUGAAGGAGAGCUAAGCAAGCCGGUUGUGUCGACGAAGACGCGAAGGAAGAUUGUAAAGAAGGAGGAAGUCGAACAGGAGAAGUUGGAAGAGGUCGAUGAUGUGCCCGAGGUGCGUACCUUUCUAUACUUUGGCUUCUUCUCCUCGCUUCAUCGCUUAGCGCAGAGUCUACUAAGACUUCGACCAUCAUUGGUGUCUUUGACCGAGCUGCAGACGAGGGCUGCCUUGCUCCAGGACGCGCUCAACCGAUUACUCGCCGUCGUGGCCAACAGCUUCUCCGAAUUCCGCACACCUACGCUGCAGGAGAGUCAAAUGAUGAUGGACAGCUAUCUCUGCUGGCAGAAUCCUCGUUACGAGGUUAUAUGCCGGCCUGCCUUCGAAAGUAGUCUCCAUUCGAGCGACCCCACAUUUUGCAACGACUUCCUGUUGUGGUGCAUCUGCUCCCAAGCGUCGAGACACAUACCAGAGAUGAGGGAUCGGUUACAUGAAUUUGCUGUGCCGAGAGCCCAUUUACUCCUGGCGGUCGAACUCAGCAGGCCAAGUGCGAUUACGACCGUACAAGAUUUGCUCUUGAUAUCGGGCCACAAUGCGGCGGAAGGCCUGUACUCACAGGCAUGGGUCAUGGCCGGCUACGCGUUUCGUAUGAUCGAAGAUCUUGGCUGGGCGCGUCCAAAUCACAGUUCCGAAGACCAAUCCGAACAGUUGCGGACGGCGGAGCUAUGCACGUAUUGGGCCGCUUACACAUGGGACAAGACUCUAUCGCUAUCCCUCGCCAAAAAGCCUACUAUGAGGCCAAAAGACAAACCACCACUUCCUUCAGCUGUUGAUGAUGGCGCCACCUUCUGGAAACCGUUCUACUCGCCGGUUCAAUCAACCGAAUUCACAACGAUGCCUUACUCUGGCGCUCAGCCGUCUUUCGAGAUGACUUGUUUCCGAUAUUCGUGCUCACUCUACCAGUUCCUUGACGAAGUACUCGAACAUGUCUAUUCCAUCAAGGAGUCCCGCCUGCUCCAAGCUCGUGACUUUGUCCUCAGCCUGCGAGAUCGUAUGAUAGCGUGGCAAGCUCAAGUCCCCGUCCAAAUCCUCCUGGACGCAGAUAAUCUACCACCGGUUUCGCCACCAGCCCACGUUAUUCAGUUCAAUCUUUUGGUCCACACAAUUUGGAUUCUCCUUUAUCGCCCCUUCGCUCAAACCGGAUCCCUCGCCGUCCCCUACGCCGCUACCGCAUGCCGCAAGCCCGCACAAGACAUCGCGGCCUGCCUUCGCCUAUUCAAGAACUCGUUCCCCGUCGCUCGAUCUACCUACCUCUUCGUCUACGCCGCGUUAUGCUCCGCCACGAUUGAUAAUGGGCGACGUUAUCAGCGCGAGUCAGAGCCAGAGGCGGAGAAAGCGAGGGAGAGGCUGGAGACGACGUUGCCCAUUUUGGCGCAUGGAAUUAGGUCAAGGAUUCCGGGGACGCCGAAGAUGUUCGGGGCGUUGAUGCAGAUGUUGGAGAGUGCGAAUGCGUUGCAGCAGCAGCAGCAGCCG